AUGGGCAAUUGUGGUCGCCUUACCUUUGUGGUCUUCCCCGGCACAGGCAUUCAACUUUGGCCAACUUUGACCAACUUUGAGGGCGGAGCCCAGGAACAGGAUCCAGGAGCCACAGACCUGGAUUCAGGUCAUCCGCCUGUCACGUGCCUAAGCGCCCUGCCAAACGCAAUGCAGGUGCCACCGACAGGUCCUUUGGGUACACCGACGGGAGUGGGGUUUAUAACCAGCUGCAGUGCAUCCAAAGCUAUGCGUGACAAAUAUUUAUUAACUGCCACAACAGCGGAGCGGCUUAGAGGAUUGAUCUUGGCUCGGGGAGCUAAUAAAAAAUUGAUUUCGCCUUCGUCAAUUGUCACAAAUAAUGAUUACCACGCAUUUUCGACUCCAUGA